AUUCUUUAAAUUAGAAACGGUUUAAGUGGUUAUGUCCGGUGGCCGGCUGGUGGUGCUGGACCGGCGCGGGCGCGACGUGAAGGCGUACCCGCUGGCAGAGGGGUUGGCGACCAUCGGCAGCGACCCUGGCUGCGACAUCCGCUUGCUGCUGCCCACCGUCAGCCCGCACCAUGCCACCGUCGUGGUCCACGCUAACCAGACGGUGGUGAGCAGUAUAACUGUGGGUGAGACGUUCGUGAACGGUAUCGGCGUGAGCGUGUGCGCGUUAAGACACGGGGACCAGCUGGCGGUGGGCGGACGCACUCUACGCUGGGAGUACGACCAGCCCGUCAGACCCCCUGCUAUGAUGAGCUUGCCCGCUUUGCCGGCAGUGGCGGGCCGCAAGCGUACUCGAAGUGGUCGCCGACCGUUGGGAGAGCAUCAGCGCGCUUCUAUGCCCGCAUCAACAUCAGCGAUUGGGAGGCAAGUUGCAAUUGUGCAGCCGCAGAGGAGGCAAACAACCAAUGAUCAAAACGAGUCAAUGCAGAUGGCUGCCAACACAAGUAUCAGCCGUCCCCGGAGCAGCAGGCACGGUGAUGUAGAACCUGUCCCCGAAGGAGUUGACUCGAGCCACAGGAAAUCCACUGCCCGCCCUAGUCUAAAGAACAUGAGCCUCAACGAUACUACCAAGGCCAGCCUGUGGAUAGAAUCUCGCAAGACGCCUCGCGCUCUGCCUCGGAUGUUGCCUCGCGCCCUGCCUCGCUCCGAGCCGCGCAGCGUCAAGAAGAGCACUCCGCUGCGGCUGGCCGUGCUGAAGAAGGCGCAGAGUGCGCACAAGAUGAGGGUCACCAAGAUACAGGCGCCCUCCAAGAUAGACCACACGAAGCAAGCUGCUAUAAUGCUGAUGGCGGGACAUACCCCAAAGCCGAAGCAACCUACCCAGAAGCCAAGACCUUCGUUUAUUGUGAAGAGACCCAGUCCAGUGCGGGGUAAAAUGAGAGGGAGCAAUAUAUCGGGAGUGAGUCCUCUUGGAGUGACCCCCACGCGGUCAAGCGUACGCGCAGCCGCGAGGGCCAGUGAGGAAGGAUCGGUGGAUACAAGCGUAUCAGUUUUACAAUCACCGAACUUGCCUAGGCCGAAAAAAUCUGCGCUGAAAAAGUCUUCUGCCAAAAAAAGCACAAGGAAAACAGAAUCUAUAAAAUUCGACCUGAGCAACUUGGAAAAUCCUGAAGAUCGACCAUCUGAUGUGGUUAUACUCAUGGACACGACGAAAGAGCCCUCUUACGAAAGCGCUUCAGAGGAGGAUGUCUUGCUUCGGUAUUCCGAUUCCUCGAGAUCCCCAUCGCCGAGACGGUCAAUACAUUCCCGGAGUAGCCGGAGUAGUCGGAUUCUAGAGAAAUCACUCGGAGACACUUACGCGAACAGUCCAUCAAACUGGAGUGAAUCAAGUCUCUCAGAGUCGGCGCGUCUCAGAAAAUCUCCCAGUCAAUCAAAAUUAGAAUCACCGCGUCAUAGAAAAUCUUCUCGAGGAAGUAUCAUCGUGGAGAAGGCACUUGAAAGUUCUUUCGAUGACUCACAAUAUACGCAUGGAACAAAGUCUUUCACUGAUCAGAGUUACAUUACGACGGUUGCAUCUACUCGUAAAAGUGUAACGCGCAGUCCGAGAGCAACUAACCAGAAGUUGGAAUCUUAUUCCAUAGUGGAUCUGGUCUCUAUGGAUUCGACUGGAUCCGAUAGGUCGGUAUACGGUUCCGCCGGAUCGGAGUCGAGCACAGUGCCUUAUGCGACACCCAGGGCUGGCAGAAGCACACGAGCUAACAACUCGUCACUUCUAAGUUCAAGCACUCCUUAUGCCGAUAAAACUCAGGGUUCCCACCCAGUCUCUCCUGACAUUUCCGUUAGAACUAGAAGAAGUUCCUCGCUGAAGGGAUCUAAUCGUUCCAGGAACUCCACAGUUUCCAAAAGAAGGUCCGCCUCACUGACAACUCCAGAGAACACGCAAACGCGAAUCACUAUAAACAGUACCAGAAUCUCCAGAGCUUCACGAAGUCGAUCUAGGAUUAACGAUAGUGAUGUGCUUCUUAUGGACGAUGAUGACGCGUCCCCUAAAUCAUCUAGGCGAAUAAGUAAAUCCAGUCUUGCGAGUCCUGUACCGCGAAAGAACAUAACUAUAACCGAAACUCCUGGAACGGCAUCAAAUGGCACCAGCACACCUGAAAAUAAAUAUAGCCCCGAAGAAGCUACAACACCUAUGUUGAGCAUUCAAAAUUUCCUAGAGCAGAGCUCUUUAAGCCAGAGCUCGUUGUCUUCACAAAGAUCGCUAAGGCGAAGAGAAGGAGUAAAUUUUAAGAGGAAAACAAUUGCCGGAGAACGUCCACAGUCCAAAAAAUUUAGAACGAGUAUCAAAUCUAGAUCGCUCAUAGCGAGUGCUAGAAGAUCACUAAGAGCCCUGCAAACAUCCUUAAACACCAUGGAUCCCUCUCAAGAUUUAUCUCAAGAUGAAGAAGAUGUAACCACCCCUAAAAGUGCCGUCAAACCAAUCCAAGAAGGAGUAAAAAACAAACAUUCGUCCGCUAAAAAACCUCAAUCGAAACGCUCCAUUAUCGAUAACCUCGACGAAUCAGAUUUCGUAAAGCAACUAUUCAAUAGUCCUGUCAAAAGGAAACUGUCCCGAAGCAUGACAGAAUUUUCUAGGAAAAAGUUAUUCGAAGAAGACGACGAUGUCCGUGCACCGACCAGGAAUACCAUAGCCGUAUUGGACAGGACUCCAGACAAUUCUAUUAUGGAUCAUACGGAAGCUUUUACCCCUGACGUAUUUAUUAGUCCGUUAAGUACGCCUGGAAAUAGCCCGAACAUAGCUGGACUGAAACGAUUUUUCCACAAAACUCCGGAAAAAAGUGUAUUACAAAUUCGUACCAGAAGAUCGAUAAAGAAUGAUUUAACCGAUGUGGCGGGAGUGAAGCAAGUGUUCGCCAAAUCGCCAAGAAAUCGUUUGAGUGAUGUUAGAGUGAAAGAAGUAUUUGGUUCGUCACCGGAGAAUGACUUAAGACGCGUAACAGGAGUAAAAGACCUAUUCCGCUCGGCGAGGAAACAAAAAUCGCCUAAGAACUCAUUGCAAGACGUUAAAGGUGUAAAAGAGUUGUUUAAAAAUAGUGUUUCUAACGACUUGCGGAAUGUUUCGGGCGUAAAGACUGUUUUACGUGUCAACUCCCCAAGAAACAACUUGUCUGAUGUCAGAGGAGUUAAACAAUUGUACAGAGAAACGGUUGAUGGAAACAACCUUAGCGAUGUCAGCGGCGUAGAUGAACUAUUUCGUGAAGGGGAAGAUUUGGACACCACUUUCGAUCAGCUUAUAGGCAAACCUCCGGUACGGGCAUAUACUAAAUCAAGAAGUUUUACUAAAGUGGUCAAAUCUAAACAAAGACGCAACGCAAAAUCACUUCACGACUCCAUCAGUCUUAUAAAUGAAAAUGUUGAAGAAUGGUUGCAAAAUGAGCUUAAAAAGCGCGUACACAAAGAGGACAGGAAAUCUACGAGCAAAACAAAUUUGACGCGGGAAUUGCAGAAGUUAAACACUGAUACGGUACAAGGAAGCGCACCUUUGCAACUAUCUCGCUCUCGGAACGUUACAAUGACUAGGAGUAUAAACUCGGAAGACAGCCAAAGCAAAAAGUCUGCAUCAGAAAUUUACAGCACCCAUAUGUUGCCCAUUAAAAAACGAUCGCUUGUUGAAGUGACCAGAGGGAGUAAUAUUCAAAAAUUACCUAUAAAGAAAAGAAUGGUGGUUCAUUCCACGCCAGUCAAAGGUAGAGUCAAUAUUACAAUGAACGCCUCUGAACUAGGUCGUGUGUCACCUAUAGCUAAUGUCAUGACAAUUAUGAAGACAACAGAUAUAACUACUACUGGGUUACCGCAAAGGGAACUUUCAAAAUUGAUUAGAGGAAAGAUUUUCCAAACGGAUGAAGAGAUUUUAACGACGGAACAACUAUCGCCAAAAAUGCCAAUGAAAUUAUCACCUAAGAUUCCAUCGCCAAAUAAAGCAUCACCAAAAAUGACGCGAGCUUCAAGAGCUAGUAGCAGAAAUAAACGUCGUGCCUCUUUUGUUAUAACUAAGAAAAAACCUGUAUUAAGUCCAAAACCUAACAAAGAGACAUCUGUAUCUCGAAGUGGUAGCAAAAAUAUUGAAGAUAAUCCAAAAAGCAAUAGACCUACCAUACAAACACAAGUUAAAGAUAAAUUGUCAACUCCUAAACUUACUAGAGCGAAGAAAACUUUAGCUAGUGGAGCCCCAAACCGCAAACAGAGUGAAACUAAAAAAACCACUAGAUCUACUAGAAGACAUUCUCAAAAUAAAGAAAUACCCAAAACUCCGAAGAACACCAGGGCUAAAGCUACUAAAACCACUGUAGUUGUUACAAAGCCACCUACACAGUUAAAGCUUAAUACCAAUAGUAAAAUAAUUGCACAAGAAACUAAUAAAACGGGUAAAACACGAGUACAACAAGAUACAGAAAUUGUGCUGGACUUAACGAUAGAAGAAAAACAAACUCGUCGCACGAGGAAUGCCAAAAUUGCCGACAUCAAAACAAUUGUAAAGAAACCUAAAGGAAAGACUUUUAAUUCAAAUAUUACUGAAGAAAUUAAAGAGUCUAAACAAAAUAAACGCGGCAGAAAUAUAAUAUUAGAAGCUGAACCAAAACCUGCAACAAAAAGAGGAGUUGCAGCAAAAUCGGCGAGCAUUGCUGAUAUAGUUGAAGGUCCAAAAGGAAUAAGAAAUAAAAACACGACAAUAUUACCUCAUUCUACAAUUGGAUCGAAAACUACAAGUGACGUAGAUAAAGCGUCAAGUAUUGCCACAGUUGAAAGUAAAACGCGACGCGGGGCGAGAAGUAAAAACGUCACUUUCAAAGAUGAGCCAAUACGGAAUAGUAAAAGCAAGAGUGUUCAAAGUGAAGAGAAAAAUAGUAGAGUGACAAGAGGCAAGAAAAGUGAAGGUGCCGAAGAAACAGUAAAAAAGGGCAAAAAUAUCGCUAAAGAUACAGUGAAAAAAGGAAAAAAUAGUGAUGAAGACGCAGUCAAAAAGGGCAAAAAUAGUCCUAAAGAUAUAGUGAAACGAGGUAAGACAAGUAAGGAAACAGUGAAAAGGGGAAAGAAAACUGUAGAAGAUAACUCAGUAAAUGAACCAGAUCCAACUGCAGUAAGGCGAACAAGGCAGUUGCAAAGUGACAAACGUGAAAAUACAGUAAAAAAAGGCAUAAAUGAUGUUCCGACAGUUAACAUUGCUGAAACGACUGUCGGGAGAAAAACUAGGAAUGCAUUAAAAGCUAAUGAAACUGUGAAAGAAACUACAAAAAAAGGAUUAGAAGAUAUAAAAGAAGGUUCUUCUAAAGGAAAGCGAAAUAGGAAUGUGAGGGAGAAAGAAGUUUCAGUUGAAAAUACUAGAGGAAGAAAGGCUGCGGCACCUGUGAAGGAAGUCCCAAAACGGGGUGGUCGUUCGAAAAAAAUUGUCGAGGAAGAGUCGGCAAGCAAAGAAGCGGAGCCCGAGGAAACCGCAAAACCCGCGCGCCGAAAACGAAAAGUUGAUGUUGACGAAACAACGAUUAAAGAAGCACCCGCCAAGAGACCCCGAGCAACUCGCGCCGCCGCUGCACUGGUGGAACCAGCAGUGGUGGGUCGCAGCCGCAGAAGAUAACAGCGCCCUAAGACAUUUGCUCCGCCCACAAAGUACAAACUAAUAUACUUACGGUACAUAGAAAUGCAGCAUUCAUGGAUAACGUGAAAUCUGCGUUUAGUUUUAUAAUAAUAUAUUAUAGUUUCAUAGACAUCUUUUGAUAGGUAUUUUAAAAAUAGGAUUAUGUCUCGAAAAAUAUUUUAAUAAUGUCGUAUUAUAGUCUGUCAAAUGUUUUUAGCCGUAGAUUAACCGUUGAGCGUUGUAUGCCCAAUGGGCUCAAACUGUACAAGAGUAAACAUAAGCAAGCUAUAGAGUUUGUUCCCACUGCUGGAAAAAGGCCUUUGUGGUUUACGUGAACACCAUUACGCUUGUUUCUUACUAGGUGUGAUGGUGUUCUGUGGAAACUUCUCGGGCAUCCUCAUCACUCACUCCAGUUCCCCAAAACUGUCGAUUGAAAUAUGUAAAAUGUGACGUUGAGUGUAGUGUAGUAUCGCAGUAACCAUAUCUUCACAGAAACUCCUAAUAUACGCCCCUCUCCCUAAUUCAGGGGGUGAGAGAAUAGCUCUUGCUCUAUUCCUUUUAUGUAUAUUCUUAGAUGCGUACUUUAGAUAUUUAUAUUGUUGUUUUGUUAGAGUUUCGCACCGCGAAAAGAUCCGCGCGUUUUUAUUUAGCAAUUCUGUAAAACUUGCAAUCAUGUCGCAUACCCCCACAAUUGGGUUUUGAAUAUUCGCGCGAUUUAAAAAAACAAAAGGUUUAAUACUAAUUUGCCAUUCGCACUAGUUGCGGUGCGUAUGAAGUCAUGCGAUUCUGUUAGCAAUGCGGGGAAGGCGAAAACUCGUACGCGUAUAUAAAUCGCAAGAAUAAACUGAAAGACAUUUAUACGAAGUAAACGUAGCAUAGUUUUCACGCAGCAACGAAUGUGUAAAACUACACGGUCACCGAUGAACUGUUAUUUUUAAAGCGCUGCUCGCGUUCGUCGGAUAAUAGGCGGUGACGUUGCUUGCAGCAGUUUAAAAAUAUUAAUUUCUAGAACUUACUAAAUGUUCGCUGUACAACUUAAAUAGUAAAGAAAGAAUUUGAAAUGAAUAGUUUUUGAAUGGAAACAAUGUGAUAACCUGACAAAGUUUCCUAGCUCCUUGUUUGACCAUGGAACCUUUAUAAUCUUUACGUGAAAAUUGCGUUCUGACAAGGCCUAAGGAGAAGGCAAAAAACAUAAAUGUAUAUAUUUAAUUGGACUUUUGGUAGAAGGAAAUAUUAAAAUUGACUUUUCAUCAUAUCAACCGAUAGACGUACAGUGCUGGACAUA